AUGGACCAAAGUAUCAAACCUCGUUAUUUUGUGCUCUGCUUCCCAUUCAUUCUCCUUCAGCAACUUCAACACCUCAAAAGAUCCGUGCUUGCUACACUCUUCUCAUUACCCACUUCAUUUUUUGCUCUUCUCAUUCUCUUCCUAUUGGCUUACAAUGGUUUCACUGUGUUCUGGAUUCAUGUCCCCAAAUCCACACACAAACCUCUCCUUCUUUCCCCACCAAGCCACACCAAAUGGUCUUCUUACCAUUCAAAGCUAUCUUCUUCUGUUUUUCUUGCUGUCAAAGAAGAAACUUCGCCGGUUAUCCAUUUUCCCCUUCAGCAAAACUCCACUCAGAAAAUUUCCAUUCGUAGGUCCAGAAGAGUCAAGAAGCACAAGCGUGGCCUCAGAAGUGUGCGUUCAGAAGUUCCACUGUUUCAGUCCAGGAUUAAAGCAUUCUUCACUGGAAAUUCUUCUUCUUCUUCUUCUUGCAAGGUUAGGUUCUUCAUGACUUGGAUUUCUCCAUUGAAAGAAUUUGGUGAUAGGGAAUUGUUCUCUGUGGAGAGCUUGUUCAAGUCUCACCCAAAAGCUUGUUUGGUGAUAGUUUCAGAAUCCCUGGACUCUGAUACAGGAACUCGGAUUCUGAGGCCAUUUGUGAAUAAUGGGUUUAGAGUCAUAGCCAUUGCCCCUGAUUUCAAUUAUAUAUUCAAGGGUACUCAUGCUGAAGCCUGGUUUAAUCGACUGAAGAAUGGGAAUGUGAAUCCAGGUGAAGUCUCUUUGGGCCAAAACCUCUCCAAUUUGCUUAGGCUUGCUCUUUUGUAUAAAUUUGGUGGCACAUACAUGGACGCAGAUGUCAUGGUCUUGAAGAGCUUCUCUAAGCUAAGGAACGUCAUUGGUGCACAGAAUUUUGAUGUUAAAACUGGGAAAUGGAGUCGUUUGAACAAUGCGGUGUUGAUAUUUGAUAAGAAGCAUCCAUUGCUUUUCAAGUUCAUUGAAGAAUUUGCACUCACUUUUGAUGGGAACAAGUGGGGUCACAAUGGUCCUUACUUGAUCUCUAGAGUGAUAUCCAGGGUGAGUGGAAGACCCGGGUUUAAUUUCACUGUGUUGCCACCAUCUGCUUUUUAUCCUGUGGAUUGGAGAGGGAUUGGGAGUCUGUUUGGAGGGCCUAGAGAUGAGCUCCAUUCAAAAUGGUUGGUCAAGAAAAUGGAGCAAAUUCGCAAAGAAAGCUUGGCAGUGCACCUGUGGAACAGGCAGAGUAGGAAUCUAGAGGUAGUAAAGGGAAGCAUUGUUGAUAGUAUCAUAUCAAGUCGUUGCAUCUUCUGUAACACUUAG